CCGUGGCCGCCCGGUGGGGCCGGAGGCGGGAGCGGCGGUGCGGCCCCGUGUGGUGCUAAGUGAUUUCAUCGGGCUGUGCGCGGAGCUCUUCGCCUUCCGAUUUGGGCGAGAAGUCCUUUAAUCCGGCUGCGAGGAGCCCGGGGCGUCCUGAGCCUGAGAGGAGACCUCCGGCCUGCAGGUUGAAGGGACGAGCUGAGAAGGAAGUAAAGUUAAUCCAUGGCCAUGAUAGAUCCUCUGGAGAACAACUUGUUUGAUCUCCCUGAUUAUGAGAAUACAGAAGAUGAAACAUUUCCACCUCUCCCACCUCCUGCGUCUCCAGGAAACGAUGUUGAAUGGGCUCAAGCUAAUGGAGAUCCAGAUGGGAACCAGCAGUCGGAAACAAAGGAUUCUUCUGCAGCUGUGCGGAAAGCAGUUAAAAGAUCAAUACCCAAACUGGAUGCUCACAGGUUGGUUUCAGAAAGAGGGCUUCCUGCCUUAAGACACGUGUUUGACAACGUGAAGUUCAAGGGUAAAGGGCACGAGGCAGAGGAUCUGAAGACACUUCUACGACAUAUGGAACACUGGGCUCAUAGAUUAUUUCCAAAAUUGCAAUUUGAUGAUUUUAUUGACAGAGUAGAGUCUUUGGGAAACAAAAAGGAAGUUCAGACCUGCCUAAAACGAAUUAGACUUGAUCUUCCUAUUUUACAUGAAGACUUCACAGCUAGUGAAGGUGCUGGAGGUGGAAGCAAUGGGCUGGAUAUGGCCCCUGAAGAUGUACAUUCCUUCUCUGGGAGCGCAGGAGAACUGGAUUCUCUCCUGGGUACAACUCUCACUGAAGAGCAACAGCAGCGAAUGAAGAGGAACAGGCAGCUAGCCUUGGAGCGUAGGCAAGCGAAGAUGCAGUGUAACAGCCAGUCCCAGCAUGAUGAGCUCUCUCCCAGUUACCCAGAAGAGGAGCUUAACAUCCCAGUUGCUCAGGAUCUGACUGGUGCUUUAGAAGACACACAAGUUACUGCGGCCAGUGUUGCUGUUACAGGAACUGAAGACAGAGAGAGAGAAUUGCAGUGUGCCAGAGAAAAGCAAUGACAUUCCUCAUGCUUUGAAUGACUUUAUUAAUAGGACCCCAACUCUAGGGGGGUCUUUAAUAGGACCCCAGCUAUUACUGUUGGUAUUGAAACAUUGCUGGCUCUUUCCAGUCUGACUCCAGGAGUUUCAGGAAAGCCUUAACUAUUACAUCUGUAUAGCUGGUCAAAACUGUUUUCUUGAAACUGCAGUGAAUUGUUCCCUGCAUUGGAAAGCAGAACCCUGUUCUUCAUCUGCAUACGAGACUUUUUUGUACCUUUACUGACGUUGUUUAGGAAAUGGGUUUUCUGGCCAACGCUGACAUCUUUCAGUUGAUGUCAAACUGAAUUUAACUGAGAUGUUAACUGGUGUGUGCACGUCUUUAGUGGAAGAUAUAUAAUAGAGACUAGUGCUAUACUUGAACAGGAAUCUGGGAUAUUUUUUAACUUAUCAAGUACCUGUAUUUGUUUCUUAUGAAAUGGAAGUAAUUAAAUUUCAGCAGUCAAACAAAUUUUUGUAUGAGGCUGUUUAAACUCAACUUCCCAAUUUGUGCAAGUCACUGCCAAGUACAUCAUGUUUGGGCUUUGACCGAAUUAAAUUUGACUGAGAUAAAGUCUCACUUUAUCUGA